AUGACAGGGACAAAGCCCCGCACCGCGGAGUAUGCGGAGCUGGGCAGCGGGCCCUUCCAGGAGCGCACGGCGGCCGACACCGAGGCCGCGCACGAGCUGCUGUCGCUCGCGCAAAGCGUGCCGCCGCUGCCGCCGCUGCCGCCGCCGCUGCCGCCCGCCGUCGUCACCGUCAUCGAGCCCGCGCCCGCGCCUCUUCUCCCGCUCUACACCUACACCAUACAGCCCACCAACAUAUACAUCAUCGCCGAGGAACCGCCGCUCCCCGUCUAUACUACCGUACAAGCCGUUGCGCCCUUUGAGUUCUCCGGUAUCGAGCCGCAGCUGAACUACAUAACUUACCAGCCGCCCCCUUGCGAACCACCGCCUCCGCCACCUCCGCCUCCUCCCCCGCCGCCUCUGUCGGAGCCCGAGGAAGAUCCUUCGCUGACCCCUCCGCCGAGGGGGCGAGCGAAAUACGACUGCGACGAGUGCGGCAAACGGUAUGCGACCUCUUCCAACUUGUCGCGGCAUAAGCAGACACACCGCAGCCUCGACUCGAUGCUGGCGAAGCGAUGUAACGAGUGCGGCAAGGCGUACGUGUCGAUGCCCGCCCUGGCCAUGCACGUGCUGACCCACCGGAUGGGCCACGAGUGCAGCGUGUGCGGCAAGCAGUUCUCGCGGCCGUGGCUGCUGCGCGGGCACCUGCGCUCGCACACGGGCGAGAAGCCGUACCGCUGCGCGUCGUGCGGCAAGGCGUUCGCGGACCGCUCCAACCUGCGCGCGCACCUGCAGACGCACUCCUCCGACAAGCAGUACCAGUGCUGCCGCUGUCGGCGCUACUUUGCUCUCAAGAGCUAUCUCAACAAGCACCUGGAGACGUCCUGCCUGCCUCGCGGGGAAGGUCCCUGAGCGAGCGAC